GCAAGAACCAUAGUUGCGGAUUACUCUCUAGCUAGCUAGUUAACCGGGUCCCGAUCUCAAUCUCCAGAACAAAGCUAACCUCUACCAGUUAAUCUUCAGCUAGUAGUAGUAGUAGUAGUAGCUAGCUAGCCAUGAAGGUAGAGCAGGACCUCCACAUGAGCCGGGGCGACGGCGAAACCAGCUACGCCGCCAACUCUAGGCUUCAGGAGAAGGCCAUCCUGAAGACGAGGCCGCUGCUUCACAAGGCCGUGGAGGAAGCGCACGCGUCGCUCUCCCUCUCCCGCCCCGCAGGCAAGAUGGUCGUGGCCGACCUUGGCUGCUCGUCGGGGCCCAACACCCUCCUCGUCGUCUCUGAGGUGCUCGACGCGGUGGCGAACCGGUACCACCGCCAGCCGCCGCCGUCGUCGACGACGGGCGUCGUCGUCCAGUUCUUCCUCAACGACCUCCCCGGCAACGAUUUCAACCUCGUGUUCCAGUCCCUCGAGCCGUUCAAGAGGCUCGCCGUGAAGGAGUUCGGCGAGGCCCUGCCUCGCUACUACGUCGCCGGGAUGCCGGGCUCGUUCUACACCAGCCUCUUCCCUGACCGCUCCGUCCACCUUUUCCACUCCUCUUACUGCCUCAUGUGGCGCUCCAAGGUGCCUGACGAGAUAGCGAGCGGCGCGGUGCUGAACGAAGGCAACAUGUACAUCUGGGAGAGCACGCCGGCGCCGGUGGUCAAGCUGUACCAGAAGCAGUUUGAGGAGGACUUCUCGCUGUUCCUGGCGCUGCGCCACGCCGAGCUCGUCUCCGGCGGGCAGAUGGUGCUGACGUUCCUGGGCAGGAAGAAUCGGGACGUCCUCCGCGGCGAAGUCAGCUACAUGUGGGGGCUCCUUGCCCAAGCUCUCCAGUCCCUAGUCCAAGAGGGACGUGUGGAGAAGGAGAAGCUGGACGCCUUCAACCUGCCGUUCUACUCGCCAUCGGUGGACGAGGUGAAGGCGGUGGUAAGGCAGAGCGAGCUGUUCGACACCGACCACAUCGAGCUCUUCGAGUCCAACUGGGACCCACAGGAUGACACCGACGACGACGACGUGACGCUACACAGCGUUCGGAGCGGCAUCAACGUCGCCAGGUCCAUCAGGGCCGUGCUGGAGCCCCUCAUCGCUCGCCAUUUCGGCGAGCGCAUCGUCGACGAUCUCUUCGACAUGUACGCCCAGAACGUGGCAAGGCACCUCGAGCAAGUGAAGACCAAGUACCCUGUCAUUGUGCUUUCCUUGAAAGCGAGAGGCUGA